AUGACACAAGGAAAGUUUUGGUCUGUGUUAUGUAUAUUGGAUGAAAGAGUCAUCGAUGGUAACUCUUAUUACUUAAUUCAAUGGGAAGGAAAUGAUAAGAAUGGAAAUCCUUGGACCCCAACUUGGGAACCUGGUGAAAAUUGUACUCAAAGUCUAAUCAAUGACUGGAAAAUGAGAAGGCUUGAAACAAACCAAGAUUAUCGAUGUCACCGUGAGAACUCUGUUAUAUCUGAUUCCACUGUAACCGAUGGUUCCGAUCAUCGUUGUUCUGAUGUUUUGGCUUUAUGGGAUGAAAUAUCAAUUAAAGGCAAUAACAAUUCUAGUGAAUCUUCAAUUGUUGAUCAAAAAAUGCAUGAUAACUCUAAUAUUAUAAGCUUUGAUUCGCAACAUCUGUUAAAAAGAUCUCAAAUUGAGUGCCAAUCUGAGAACUCUGUCGGUGAGAAGGAAAUAGUUCAUCAUACCAAUAAGAAAAAUCGAACUCAUGAGUCAUUUAUUAGUAAAGAAUGUUGCUUCACAUUUGAUAAGAAUAAUAACUGCUCUUAUCAAGGAUCUUUUGCUCAACAAACUGACUCUUUUGAAUUAGAAUCUUGUAUUUCGCAGAUUCCGUUAAGUCCUCAAUAUAUACCAACUCAAUUUUCGGUAUCAACGGAACAAGGUGGCAAUAAUUUAAAUGAUAAAAAAAUACUCCCAAAUCAACCUUUUCAUUACCAAACGCAAAUAUCUCAAGACGAAUCUUUACAAACAGUUUUAUCAUUGGCAAGCAAUGAUACUGGAUGCACUUCUGGAUCAUCUGAUUUGAAUUCAAACCUAUCAUUCAAAGAUCCCAUGCUUUUGAUGAAAGCGCUUCAAAAUAAAACUGAUGCUAUUGCAAUUAUGUGCGAAGAACGUGAUCGAUUCCAAAAGACAAUUUCUCAAAUCAAAAGAAACUGGCAAUUACAGCAAGAAAAAGCUAUUAAUUUAUCCAUAGAGAAUGAACAAAUCAAGCAAAAACUCCAACAGAAAACCAAUGAAUAUGAUAACAUUCGUUUGCAAUGCUUGUUUUAUCAACAAACAAUUCAACAAUUGCAAGAAUGUCAUAAUGAAAAGGGCAUUCAACAUAGUUUAGAGUUAGAAGAAUCAAAGCGGAAAUAUGAAAUUAUUCGUCAAAAUGAUAGUAGAGUAAUUGAAGAAUUAGAAAGAUCGACUAAAUCUGUGAUCGCUGAAAAUCAAAAGCUGAAGCAGGAACUUGAAAAUAUUAAAUCCUUUAACGCAAAUAUGGAGAAUAUGAAAAAAUCAACCCAAAAUUUAAUGGCCAUUGGCAAUCAAGACUUAUCAAUUAAAGAUUCAAGCUUAUCCAACACCGAGAAGACAUGUUUAUCAUCUAAUAAGUUACAAAAAUCAUCUACAGUAAAAUUGUCCUUGAAUUAUGAAACUUUGAUAUCAGAAAAUAAACGUCUGGAGUCUGAUAUAAAAGCUUUAAAUCUUCAAAAUAUGCUUCAACAGCAGAAUAUAAAAUUAAUGGAAGAAAAGUUGUUGCAAAAUGAUUCGACAUUACGGUUUUUUAUGGAUCUUCAGCAGGUUCAUAAAGUUGGUAAGUAA